GAAAGCCCGCCUCACACCCCAACACACACACACACACACACACACUGUGACCUGAACAGCUGAGUGGAGCGAGGGCAACGAAGAAGAGCGGACUGUGUGUUUUAGACGGCUGAGCUUACAGAGUGGUUAACGCACUCCCUCCUCCUCCUCCUCCUCCUCCUCCUCCUCCUCUGACUGAAGGCUAGAAGUGCGCAGCGGGGUUUAUCUGCGGUAACGGACAGUAGAUUACUGAGCGGCGCGAGGAGACACCACGAGCUAAUAAGCUUGAUAAAAUGACGUGACGAAUCUGCGGAUGAUCGGAGAGAGAGAGAGAGAGAGAGAGAGAACCUAACGGAGAGCAAUGUUGCUGUUUGUGUUGAAUGGCUGAAUGACCGCGGAGAUGAGACAUCAUGCCUGCGCCCGAGAGGUGACCAUCCUCGGCUGAGUUUUCGUCCUGUGCAGCGCAACACCAAGAAGACCCUCAUGAAGCCUGCAGCUCCUCACUCCUCUCCUAGACAUCUUGGAUCCCACUGAGAGGUCGCUACAUGUUUCCAGGGUUCAGUUUCCCCUCCACGAUGGUGAGUCACGCCCUCUCUCUCCAGGAUCGUCUCGGUGAAUAGCCGGCCAUUCAAGACGAAAAGGGAUCUCGGUUCACCUGUUGAAUAAAGCCCUCCUCCUUCUGCACAGCGUGGGAGAGGGUGCCGCCGCUGAGCCGGUGGAGCAUCUCUGCAGGCUGAUAACCGGCGUGAAAGCGGCGCUGAGCGAUCAUCUUUCACUCUGAGCUACUCACCUUUCACGCGGCGGACCCCGAGCCGGCUCUCAGGGCUGGACUGUCAGCGGGAAGGCAGCGAGACUCUCAUGUAGACGGGGGUCAGCCGAGGCGCACAGAGGACAGGUGUAAAACAUCUUCUUCAUGAGACUGAGGAGGCUCACAUGUUUGGAUGACCUCCACACUGGAUUUAAACACUUGAGCUGAUUUUUUGUCUUCUCAUUUGGAGGUUGGGGCCCAGUGGGGCUGUGCGGUGGGAGAACAAGGAGAGCCGGUGUUGAUUCUUCUGCUUUAUGAGUUUUCACCACAGGGACAGUGUUUCUGAGCGGCAGGGGGAGCCAGCAUGGCCAGGCCUCUGCUGAAGAUACAGCGCUACUUCCGCAGGAAACCCGUGCGGUUCUUCUCCCUCAUCCUCCUCUACCUGACGGCCGGCAGCCUCGUCUUCCUGCACUCUGGCUUUGUCGGGGACAGCGGCUCGGGAGGCAGAGGGGGCCGCGACUCCGUGGUGGCUUCGGGGACCUCGGCGUCCGACGCCCGGGGGCUCAGCAUCAUGAGCCGAGUGUUUAAGGAGACGCGCAGGUCCGGUCGGAGGUACGGGCCCCCGUGGAUGAAAAGGGCCAGGCACGAGGGGGGCGAGAAGCCGCGCAGGGGGGGGGACUACACCAGCAACUGGAACCGUGCACUUAAAGGACGCAAUGCCAAAGACGUGGACGACGGAAGAGCUAAAUAUAUCGGCUGUUACGUGGACAACACACAGAAGAGAGCGCUGAGAGGAGUUUCCUUUUUCGACUACAAAAAAAUGACCGUGUUUCGUUGCCAGGACAACUGUGCAGAAAGAGGCUACAUGUACGCAGGCCUGGAGUUUGGAGCAGAGUGUUACUGCGGUCAUAAGAUCCAGGCGCCCAACGCUUCAGAGAGCGAGUGUAACAUGGAGUGUAAAGGAGAGAAGAGCAACCAGUGUGGAGGAGCCAACCGGCUGUCCAUCUUCAGGCUGGAGCUGAGCCAGGAGUCUGCACGCCGCUAUGGCAGCGCUAUUUUCAAAGGAUGCUUCCACCGACCUGACAACGUCACUCUGGCACUUCCUCUCAGCGCCGUCAUCCUGAACAUGUCCGUGGAGAAGUGUGUGGACAUGUGCACAGAGAGGGAGAAAACGCUGGCCGUGCUGGCUGGAGAUCGAUGUCUCUGUGGCUUCCCGACUCCUCUCUUCUCGCUCCAUGAGCUGGAGGACGAGAGCAUGUGUCUGCACCGCUGCCCCGGGGAGGAGUUUGAGAGCUGCGGGAAUGACGAGUACUUUGUGGUGUACCAGACGCAGGUUCAAGAUAACCGCUGCAUGGACCGCCACUUCCUGUCCACUCGUGCCAAGCAGCUGGUGGCCCUCGCCAGUUUCCCCGGGGCCGGAAACACGUGGGCUCGCCACCUCAUAGAGCUCGCCACCGGCUUCUACACCGGCAGCUAUUACUUUGACGGAUCGCUUUACAACAAAGGGUUUAAAGGGGAGCGGGACCACUGGAGGAGCGGCAGGACGGUCUGCAUUAAGACGCAUGAGAGCGGCAAGAAGGAGAUCGAAGCCUUUGACUCCAGCAUCGUCAUGAUCCGCAACCCGUACAAAGCCCUCAUGGCAGAGUUUAACAGGAAAUAUGGCGGCCAUAUUGGAUUUGCAUCCCAGGCACACUGGAAAGGAAAAGAGUGGCCUGAGUUUGUGAGGAACUACGCUCCCUGGUGGGCGUCCCACACGCUGGACUGGCUGACCUACGGGAGGAACGUCCAAGUGGUCCACUUUGAGGACCUGAAGAGGGACCUGUUCAGCCAGCUGAAAGGGAUGGUCCAGUUUCUGGGACUGAAGGUUUCUGAGGACCGCCUGCUCUGCGUGGAGGGCCAGAAGGACGGGAACUUCAAGCGAUCGGGGCUACGGAAGCUGGAAUACGACCCGUACACUCCUGAAAUGCGAGCGAACAUCGACGAACUGAUCAGAACAGUCAACGCCGCCUUGAAGAAGAGAAAGAUGUCAGGAGUUCCAGAGGAGUACAUGCCGAGAUGAUACACGUGAUCUCUUUGGAUUCGCUUUUCUUCCUCGUUUAUUUGGACUGUUCUGACAGCGGACUCGUAGUUAGUAGGACGACACAACGUCUAUAGUUCUUUCUUUGAUUCUUCUCUGAAGUCACAUAGGUUGCAGCGGUAGAGAGAAGAAAACAGACUCUUCUUUUUCCUCUUUGUUUCAUUUUUUAUUCAUCUUUUUCCAUUUGUUUCUUAACCUCCAGCAGCUUUAUGCGUUCAUAUACAAAGCCGGUUUGAACUUUAUACUUUUUGUGUUUGAAUGAAAAGCACUUCUUAUCCUGCUCUAUGCACAUGUGCUGUUUGGGCGUGUGCACAUGCCUUAACACACUGAAGGUACAUUAGCUGUGACUGCAGACUGUGCUGGGUGAUUCGUUGCCAGUGAACCAAACAUUUGACCCAAAAAAAAAAAAAGAUAUUACUCAAGACUUCAGAGUGUGAUCUAUGAGCUUAUAUUUUGCAAAGGAGAAAUGAUAAUUAUGAAUAAUCAAAACGUUUAAAGUGUACUAAUCUUCUGCUGCUAUACAGUUACAGAUCAAUACUAUUUUCUAUGUAACUUUACUGUCAAUGUAAAACACUUUACCCUUUGUCAGAGGGGUGACGCUUAGGGAUGUAACGAUUCCUCAAAAUACAUUUUUAAAAUCGAUGUAAAUAUGGACGAUUUAGAUCAAUUUGACAAAAAAAUAUACAUUGCAAUACUUCUUUUAACCAGCAGAGGGUGUAAUCUGCUCGUGGCUUCUCUUCAUUAGCUGAUGCAUUAGCACUUAUCAAUGUCACUUUUUAUAAAGAAACAAUAUGCAUUGUUUUAUUCGAAUCUAAACAACCUCAAAAUGAGUCAUUAUUUAUAUUUAGAAGAAAGGGCGCUCCUGAGCUGGUGGGGGUUCGGUGUCCUAGAGCAAGUGCGCAGGAAGUGAACUGGCACUUCUCCAGCUACCAGACCAAUUGACAGACUUGGUUUACACUAGGACUUGAUCGGGCGACCCUCCAGUUCCCAACCCAAGUCCGUAAAGAAUGGGGCUACUGCCGCCCACAAGUUACGCAACGAUCAGGUCAGAUCGUUAAAAAACUAUUUUUAUGGCAGUUUUUUCGCAAAUUUUCACACAGAAUCGAGUUGUAAAGUGUUGAUAUUUCAUAAUGUGCGGUUACUUUGUUUCAAACACUAAUCCAACCAUUCUCUGUUUCAUCUCCCCGUGUCUUCUUAAAAAAAAGCUCCGAUCCGCGACAAAGACCCGCGAUCCGAUCGAUCCAACUGUGAGAUGUCUGAUCCCUUGCACCUCUGCUGAUUUUAUGUGGGGAGGAGAGAGUGGGGGGCAGACCUGCAGCAACGGGCCGAGGUUGGUUUAGAACCCACAGCCGCCGUUCUGAUGACUAUAGCCUCUGAACAUGGGCCGUGCUUCAUAACCGUUAGGCUAUCUGCCGCCCCACCACUUCUUAUUUUUAUUAAGUGAAUUAGGAAAAUUGUUAUUUUGCCUUCUCAGAGAAUUGAAAUAAAAAAAUCAUGUUUAUUCAGAAAAUUUGUAUCAAGACACGUAUCUUGAUAGGUAUUGUACUGUGAAUUGAGUGUAUCGUUACAUCCCUGGUGAAAAUGCAAUAUGCAGGCUAUAACUACCUGAAAAUGAUACUGUGUGUUUCUGAGUUGUUUUAGUUCUUCAGCCUGUCGUACUCGAGAGGAGGACUCGGUUCUCAGCUCUUCGAAAUUCAAGAAGAGGAAUAAUCCGUCUUGAAGGCACUGACUCCACGAGCCGAGAGGAUUUCUCUAAACAGCAUUUAUUUAUCUCUGGUGUGCGGUGCACAUGGUGAAGAAUCUGCUUUGGUUUUUUUUUUCUUAACACUGGACUCGAUGCAGAAAUCCAAAAAGCGCUUCACUGUGCGACUCUUUCCCCAAAGAUCACUGAGGAUCAGGCGUUACGCUCGUGUUGUAGAUCAGAAGUUUAGCUUAGUGAUCGUUCCAGGUUUAAUUUACGUCAUCAUACAGAAUGUUAAAACUUUAUAGUGAGAAGAGCUUUGAAACAGUUCAGACCCGUUUAUAAAUGUCCGUUUAUCAUUUUUAAAAUUCUCAGGCCUCGUCCGCAUGUAGGCGGGUAUUUUUGAAAACUGAGGUUUUUCUCUGCGUUUUGGUCUUGAAGCGUUUUAGGUCACUGAAAACGCACCUUUUAGAAAACUCCAUUCAGGGUGAAGAUGUUCAGGAACUCUGUUUGCGAGAACAUUUUAGCAUGUCAUGGACAUCGUUUUUGACUUGGCGUGCUCAUGACAGCCGUUUUGCGUUUUCAUGUUGACCAAGCUGUAUUUGAGAAGCGGGAUUAUUUUUCUGAAACGGAGGAGAUUAAAAACUACCCGCCUACAUGUGGACCGGGCCUCAGAUUCCAUAAGCAGCACGUCUCAUAAUGGUACUCGGUGUGCUCCGCCAUAUGCUUAAAAGUAAAUGGUUAUAUUAAUAAAUAAAGACGUGAAUAUAUAAAAGAUUAAAAACACUGGUGACUGAAAGCCGGGAAACAUGAACUGACUUCCAUUUUUCGGGAUAAUAUGAAUAUAUUUUUAUAGCGUGUGCUGACACAUCAACGAUAUUUGUAUUGCAGCGAGCAAACGGGAAAAAAGUUCUUUCUAUUUUUAACACAUGCUUUAAACUUUAUUGGUCUCCUGCUUUCAUGGACAAGCUGACACUUUGUGAACACGGGUGUCAAAACUGAAUGUAUUUUCUAUGGAUGAAUGUAAAGUGAUAAGGCCCAAUAAAGGAGUACAUGAUGA